GAGAUCAUAUCAGUUUCUUUAAGUUCUCAUAAUGAAUAUGACACUAUUGAACAGAUCUUGAAAAGAACGACAAUGGAGAAAGAUUUUGAACCAUUUCUCGUCGAAGAUUUAAGCACAAUAUGUUCAAUUCUUUUUAGCAGUGGCACUACAGGACUUCCAAAGGGAAUUUGUUUAAGUCACAAUACUAUUUUGGCUCCUCUAUCAAUAUUUCCCGCAGUAAUAUUAAACUGGGUAAUAUUGAACUAUGCAACGUUCUAUUGGAUUUCUUGCGUGUUCAACCUGGCAAUGUCAAUACAAAUGGGUUCCGCAAGAUUAUUAAUAAAACAAUUUAAAAAGGAAAAUCACUGGGCUAUUUGUGCUAAAUAUAAUGUGGUAUACAUGAUUCUGUCCAAUACAAUAUUCAUGGAAGCAGGAAAUUAUCUCCCUGACAAUUCUGAACUACCCAGUCUCAAAUUUGUUGUUAUUGGAGGUGGAAUAGUCCCAGAAAAGGUCUUAACCACCUAUUAUGAGAAGUUGCCCAAUGUACAAGUAGGAUAUUUGUAUGCUUUGACAGAAGCAGGUCUUGUAGCAAAGUAUGAAGUUGGAGAUAAAAUUGGUUCAAACGGUAGACCUGUUGCAGUCAAUCAAACUAUACGGAUUGUAGAUCCAAACACUGAAGAAAAUCUUCCCUUGACUCAAACCGGCGAGAUACGUGUGAAGCAAGCAUACCAAAUGGCAGGUUAUUACAAGAUGGACUCCAAGGACGCGUGGGACGCGCAAGGAUUUCUAAAAACUGGCGAUUUGGGAUAUUUAGAUAAGGAAUACAAUCUUUAUGUCGUGGACCGCAUUAAAGAGAUGUUCAAGUAUCGCAGUUGGCAUGUCGUGCCAGCUAAGAUUGAGAAUGUGCUUAGUUCACAUCCGGAUGUACUUUACGCUAUCGUCAUUGGCAAACCUACAUAUAACGAGGAUGAAAAUCAUGCGAUGGCGAUCGUUUGUCUGCAUGAGAAAGCACAGACUAGCGCUGCAGAGUUAGAGGCUUUUGUUAAUCAGCGAAUGGAUAAUUUAAAUCAAAUUCGUGCUGGUGUCAAAAUCAUUGACAGAAACGAGAUUGAGUUUACGCCUACAGGGAAAAUUAACCGAAGAUCUUUAAAGAGUAAAUUUGUUUCUUAAAUUUGAUUGGUUAUUGUUAUGAGGUCACAAAUGUUAUGAAAGUUGUGAUAAAAUAAAAAUAUUCGUAGUACAUAAUUAAA